GUUUGGUGCGCUACAAUUGGAGUAGGACCGACCGCCAGCGUUCGCUCAUCAUCGCCCCACCGAACGCCGUUCACUGGUGCAAGACAACAAGGUGGAAGGUUGCAGAUCAUGUCUCAGCUGGCGCUGGGAGGCCGCGUAUUACACCGCCUAUCGUUUCACAGCUGGAGGGGAGCAUUUGCACGGAGAUGCUUCAGCAACGAUGGGAAGCCAUUCGACAAGAUCCUGGUUGCCAAUAGAGGGGAGAUAGCAUGUCGUGUGAUGAGAACAUGUAGGGAGAUGGGGAUCAAGACUGUCGCUAUCUACAGUGAUGCAGACCAGCAAGCUCUCCAUACCAGAAUGGCAGACGAGGCUGUCCGUGUGGGUCCAGCCCCAGCCACUGAGAGCUACCUCGUCAUGGACUCUGUCCUUGAGGCCAUCGAUUCCACUGGAGCUCAGGCAGUUCACCCAGGCUUUGCCCUUCUUGCUCUGAUGGAUACUAUUUCGCCUACCUCGAGCGUGUGCUGGAGCAGGGUCUGGUUGUGUGAGAGACAGAAGUGAUACUCUUCAAGCUCCGAUGCACUUACCGCGCGUGUGUGCUAGUUUGGGCAGGGUCUCGGUGGAGUUCCCUUCAGGGUUUGUACAUCGAUAUAUAUCUAUGAAGCUUUGGUGUGAAAACUCUUGCUUCAGAGGGACCAAUGUUUGAAUCUGACAGUGAGCUCCCAUUUACAACCUCAAUUCCAGAAAACAAACACCUCUUAUUUCAUGCUUUUGGUAUCACUUUUCAUCAUUUUAAUUUGCUUUUUGUGUUGUUUAAGAUUACAAUAUGCAAGGAAAUCCCAGUUAAGCGCAGGAAAGAACAUCUUUAAGGAAGGGAGCUGGACAAAAUCCCAGUUUUCAUGGGAGUUAAGCGCAGGAAAGAACAUCUUUAAGGAAGGGAGCUGGACAAAAUGCCAGAAAAGAUGGCCGUUUAUUUUUAGGAAAGACAUUAAAGAC